AGAAUUUCAGACUCAAAGAUAAGUUACGAACGCCUAAUUAUUGAUAGUUUAUUAAUUAAAGUAUACACGAUUUUCUUUUUGAAGCUGCGUUUGGAGUUAGUGACUGAACUUUAGGUUACAUUGUGCUUUGAAACCAACAUUUUCUCGUGCUCUUAUCAGUUAUCAUCAGCAACCUCUGAUUGUUUACCCAAUGUGUCCUGGUAUUAUACACCUGACAUUCAAGACAUUGAAUUUCCGCUUUCAUGAACCAGACGAUCAAGGAUGUUUUUUGGCCUAGAUGGACUUUGCCCUUGAAAAUACUGCUUUCCAGCCAACGAGAGGGGGAUUUUGUUCAUUGAAGUAAUUUUCAGUCUGGAAAAUCAUCUUUUGAGCGCCUUUAUACUUCUUCAUUCAUAGCAUCCUGAACAAAACACACUCAUAUUUUAUAGUUUGUGCUAGAAUGUUGGUCUGGUUUAGCUGAGACAUGCUGUUUCCAAGCGGUACCAAUUUUUAUCUUAAGCGAAAUUAUAAGAGUUUGUCCUUGUUUCCUUUCUGAUCUCUCAAUUUUUAACAAUGAACGAGUUGUCUGUUCCAUCGUUGGAGUGGGACCCUGUAACGCUCUUGUUUGACGACGCAGCAGAGUUCCCACCAGCAGCUAUAGUGGUUCUCAACACUCCAAUUAUUCUCCGUCCUGAAGUCGUUUGUUCCUUGUGGAACAGAGCUACUCGCAGAGUUACAGUGGAUGGUGGCACAAAUCAUUGGCUCAGAUUUGCAGAAGAAAAUGGCAAAUUGAUUGAGAACAAAUAUCCUCACUUGAUCACAGGUGAUAUGGACUCAAUUGAGCCUGAUCUUCUUAGUCAGUGUCAGAAAGAAAAAUCAGAAGUACUAAAUACCCCUAAUCAAUUGAAGACUGAUUUUCACAAGGCCUUGGACUGUAUUGCAUCAUCCAAUAACAAUGCUGUAGAUGUGGUUUUUGUAUUAGCAGAGCACUCUGGAAGGGUAGAUCAAAUACUGUCAAACCUGAGUACGCUUCACCAAACAUCAAAGAUAUUCAAGAGAGACGUUCCGGUAUUCAUUGUAGCAUCAGACACAGUGACGUGGGUUCUGAAUCCUGGCGUCCAGCAUCGAAUUCAUGUAGCUGACAGAUUGAUUGAAUCUCAGUCAAACUGCGGGCUCAUACCUCUUGCUGGAGUGGCUAGCCAUAUCACGACCACCGGGCUCAAAUGGAAUCUCACCGAUCAGGGUUUAGAAUUCGGAAACAAGAUCAGCUCUAGUAAUACCUACAGUGGUUCGUCCAUUGUCACUGUGGAAACAGAUACCCAGCUGGUCUGGUCAAUGAGUCUGGGCCUCACGAAGAAGCGCGAUUAGUCAUUCAUGAAAGUGUGUUGUUAUUAGUGUUUCAUUUAAUAAGUUCUGUUUUCUUCCUCUUUUGGUUUAUCUUGUUAAGUUUUAAUCAGCCACAUGAGCCAACUUUUAGAAUAUGUAACUGGAAAACCUGAAAAAAUUAACAUAUUUUGUGAAAAGUCAGCUCAUCCAAUUGUUUUUAGUUUGUUUGGUCAAAACUUAGUUUUGUCCCUAUGUGAGGUGGUUAUUAUUAAAUAUCAUCGCACUACUUUUAACCAACUUCAACCUUAAACCGAAUUAUUACGGGCACAAUUUUGUCUUUUAAACUCUAUGUCUUUUGCAGUAAAUGAAAACUAACUAAAAUUAUGGAUAGUUAGUAGCUGGGUCCAAGUAAUCAGCAAGCUAAUCAUAGGUGAAUGAAUAUGACUGAAUUUUGCUGGCAGCUAUUAGCAUUUUAUUGAAUGCACCUUAGUGUGCAAAUAACUGUUACAAUUCAUAGUUUAGUCGCAGAAAGAUGCGAGCAUGAUAAAUUUUCAUUGUUUCUCCUGCAAUAACUGCUAGAAUUUUUUAACUAUCCAUUAUAUGUAUUCUCUCCGCAGGAAAAAUCAAUUAGGGGGCCAUUCAUAAAUUAAACAAUGAAUGGAAAGCUCAAUGUUAAGUAACAUUUAAACUUUAAUGAAUCUUGCAUAGUUUUUUAUGAAAAAAAAAAAAAAAAAAUUAUACUGUAAGUUCAAUCCUCAUUGGGGAUUGAAGAGACCCCAGAGUCUGCGCUCUACGGAGAAUGGAGGUAAGAAACAGGAAAAAAAUGCUUUUUGUAAUUCUUGAACGGUCGUUGUUACCUACUCUUUUAAUCAAGCUGUCUCUUGAGUAAAA